AUGUCAUCAUCUGCACGGCUCAAGUACCGGAUCAUCAAAUGUACCUCUGAGGACCCCGAGUAUCCGGUGUCCGAGCUCCUAACGCACUCAUCCCAGACCAAGGGCUGGCAGACGGCCCGAUUCUGCGAUUUUCCACAGGAGAUCGGUCUGCAGUUUGAGACUCCAGUACACUUGAGGCAGGUCCAGUUCUUAUCCCACCAGAGCAAGAUUGCCACCAAAAUCGACCUCUACACCGCACUGCCUGCUGCAGGCCAGGCCUAUGAGGCCUUGAGCUUCAAACGCUUGGGCUACCUGUCGCUGGAUAGCAAUGAGCGCUCCCAGUUUCAAGCUCGGGAGUUGAAGAGUGUGUACGUUGAUGUCUCAGCACAGUACAUGAAGAUCUUGUUCCACAAGUGCCACGUCAACCGCUACAACAUUGUGAACCAGGUGGGCCUCAUAGCGCUGAACUGCUUGGGUGAGGCACUGGGGCCAGACCUGGCGAUGGGACCACCACCACCGAACCCGGCACUGGUGAGGGGCCCCUCCGAUGGCUACCCGGCACCCCAAGCAUCGCCGCCGCCGCCAUCGCAACCGUCGGUGCAGGAUUCUGCCCAGGCUGCUGCAGAUGAGAUGCGCUAUGAUUCGCAGACCUUGGAACGAAUACGUUCCCUGUCGAAUGCAAAGUCCAGGGCCGUCGAUGCCGAAGACUACGAGGAGGCGAAGCGCUGCAAGGAAAUGCUUGCGAGGCUGCGCCAAACCGGCCUUUUGCUCCGGGAACUGGAGGAUCGAAAGAAGGCCGCUGUACAAAAUGAAGACUACGAUGCCGCGAAAGCGUUGAAAAGCGAGAUCGAUCGCCUGCGCAGUGCGAUCGAGCGGCCGGAGCCUACAAAGGCCGAGCGGCCGCAUUCGGGCAGGAGUCAGCGCAGCAACAGCCUCGGGCCAAUCAGCCGUGCUGGGGCUGGAAGUCCUGACUUCGCCAGCCACGGCGUGCCGCGCGGCGGGCACCAGCCGCAGAUGUCGCAAAAGCCCGAGGCUGUUGCGGCUGUCGCGUCGCCAGGGCCAGCGCCCCCCUCCCGCGGUAAGCGCUCGCCCUCGCCAGGCCUGCCAGCAUUCCCCGUGGCGGGCAUGGAGCUCUCCGCCAUUGCCGGCGGCGGGUGGGGCCCGGGUGGCAAGAACGCCGCCCCUGGGUGCACGCCCAAGGAGCUGCCACCGGAGCAGCCGCCGCUGUCUGCGCGCAGCGCCGGUCCCGGUUUCGAUGCAGCCGACCACCCACUGAGCGGUGUGCCCAAUGUGGAGGACUUGAGUCAACCAGAGCCACUGAACAGCAGCUUUCAGAAGGAAGCGGAGCCACUCAUUGAGCUCUUUGGCGAGUACCUGACGAACUGUGUCUACUCGAAGACAUGGAGCUUGCGCGAUGCCGCUCUGCAGAAGUUAACUUUGGAUCUGCAACAAGGCAAGCACCAGUCGAUAGAUCAGAGUCGGCUUCUUGCGGGCUACGUGGUCGUGCUGAAGCGAAUGGUGCCAGACAAGAACGUCCAGGUGUUCCUGGCUGCAGCGACGCUGCUGCAUACGGUUUGCCAAGAACUCCUGGGCCGCUCCGGGCCGCGACGUUCAGAGGCACACGCGGCUCUCGACCCUUUGAUGCCUUUACUGGUGGAUCGCUUGGGAGAUAGCAACGCGCGGGUGGACAAAGCAGCAAGGGAUGCUCACUUGUGUGACCUCAUGCGCUGCCCUACGGUUGGCGCCACCUUCACCGCGCAGUACCUGCUUAGGCCGCCCAAGAAGAAAUCCGUGAAUCCUCGGGUCUACAUCUCGCGGCUACUUACCAGUAUGGUCACGGAGGCAGGGAUCCAGCCAGAGAGUAAGGAAGGGCUGCCCUUGGAUCCCACGGUGCAGCUUGCCAUGGAGAAGUACCUUGCCAACCUCCGGCAGGCGCAGCGCGAGAUCUUCGAUGAAGAGUUCGACCGGGUGGACUCAGGCGACGGCCUCGGUGCCGGGGAGGACAACCUGGGUAUGCCGACCCAGCGCACGGCGCGAACGGCCGGCAGCAACCGGUCGACCCCCAAAGGCAUUGUUGCGGGGGCCAUUCCCGAGGAGGCCGCUGUCGAGGUAGAGGAUGUGACCAAGUGCCAGUUCUGCGGCCUUCGCAACCCAGAGGCCACGCAAGAGGCCAUGGACGUCCACUACUGGCGAGAGUGCCCAAUGCUGACAUCAUGCCAGUUCUGUGAGCAGGUCAUCGAGAUUGCAACGUUGGCAUCCCAUUGGAGGGAGGAAUGCGAGCAUAGAAGUGCAGCGACCGAGGCCUCCAAGGACCUGGCACGGAUUGGCUCCAACACAUCCUCCGUGAUGGGUGCGCAGGAUCUCGAGGCGAUAAAGCUGCUUGAGGCCGCAUACGCCCAGGAGUUUGUCCGCCUGCGUCGUCUUCUGCACUCCAUGGGGCAGGAGAUCCCACAUGCCAUCGCCUCCGACCGGCCAGCAUCCUACUGGAGCCACCAGGAUCGGGCCCUGGACUUGAUCCUGGCAGCCAAAGACAGCUACCAGGAACAGACGGGCAGGCUUUGCACUUCUGCUGCCUCUGCCUGUGGCCGCGCAAAACGCUGGGCGGGAGCUUUGGCAUUGUUGCUGGACCUUCAGCACUCGAGGCAAAAGCUGCUGGUGAUCAGUCACAACACCGCGAUCAGUGGCUGCGAGAAGGGCAAACAGUGGCAGCAUGCCUUUACUCUGGUGGAGUCCAUGCAGAAUGACGCCAUGAGAGCCGAUGCUGUGAGCAUUGGUGCCCUGAUGGCGGCGUUGGCCGGAGAGAUGCGUUGGUCCCGCGCGCUGGAGCUGCGUGAGGACUCGGAGCGUCACGGACAGUUGAACAUCAUCGGCUGCAACUCCCUCCUCAGUGCAUUGGCGCGGGGAGGAUGCUGGGCCAAAGCGCUUUCCACACUUUGCCAGAUGUCUCUCCUGGGUCCAGCACCAGAUAAAGUCAGCUUCAGCGCCGUUGUGGCCGGCUUAGCUGAGGGUGCUUGGGCGUUGGCCCUGGACGUCCUGGAAGUGGCACGAGAUCGAAGGGCCUUGGACACCCUGCUUUGCACCGCCAUCAUCGAUGCCUGUGCAUCAGGCGGACACUGGCAGGGUGCCCUUGAACUCUUGUCGGCCAUGGCAUUCGAUGAGGUUCGAAGGGACACCGUGGCCUUCAGCGCAGCCAUUAGUGCCUGUGAAAAAGGCAAUGAAUGGCAACCGGCGCUCGUGCUUCUGGAGGACACAAGCGCUGCCAGGCUGAGGGCGGAUGUGGCGCUGAUCAACGCAGUGCUCAGCGCCUGCGAAAAGGGCGGCGAGUGGCAACGGGCUCUGGCACUGUUGAGCAGCGUACCUCGCCGCCGCCUACACCCAACCCAGAUCAGCUUCAAUGCUGGAAUGAGCGCCUGCGAGAAAGGACAGCAGUGGCAGGCCGCGCUUCAGCUGCUUGCGCAGAUGCAGGAGAUGGAUGUGGAGCCAGACGUCAUCAGCUGCAACGCAACUCAGCUGGUCAUGCCCAUGCCGGUCCAGACAGCUUCCGUCGAACCCGCGCCUGCUGCGGUGGCUCCGGAAACGGAUGAAGCGCAAGCUCCCUCGGCAGUGGCCAAAACAUCAGCCGCUGGGAGGGAUGGAGACGAUCCGAUCGUGGGCCGUGUUGCGGAUUAUCUGAAGCCCAGGAAACACACACUGUUCUUGGAUAAUGCUUUUGCCCCAGAAGGUUACUGGAAUGCCGUUGUCUCUGCUUACACGGCCCACUUCUUGGUGAUGGCCGACGAAGUGAUCAAAGAUGAAGAAAGCAAAGGCCUGGUUCAGGGCGCCAGGGACAAUCUCGUCAGCGAAUGCACGAACAUGGGCCUGAUCAGCGCCUUGAUGCUCACCGUGAUCGUGCCGAUGGCCUUUGAUCAUGUCACCGACUGGCUCGAAGAGGACUUCGUGGGCAGCGGCUAUAUCUUCUUGGACGGCUACAUUGGCCAAGCCAUUGGUGAGGCACACGUGCAAGAGGCUUUGCCCUUCAUGAAUGAUUUGGUCAUGGUCUUCUAUGUGGUUUCCUUUCUGGGAUACCUCUUCUCGACCAUCAUGACGGUCGUCAUCCUUCUUUGCGUGGGAGAAGUUCAAAGCGAGAUGGGCUGUCACGUGUUCCUGAAGAACAUUGGGUUCAUGUCGCGGCUGCCGUAUCUAUGCUUUCUGGUUGGCUGCCUUUUUGCGCUUCCAUGUCUUAUCCGCUUUCUGGUGACCGUGAAAACACUUGGAGGCCUCAUCAUCCUGUGCGUCAUUGUGGCCAUCCUAUGCCUGUUCAUGGCAUGCCUCUCUCCUCUCUACAUCCAGAGCGCCAUCAAGGCCCACAACAUCGUCCACGAGUUCGAAGACCUGCACCUCACGAAGGCCGAAGCCCAAGAAGAUGUAGAUGCCUGGUUUGGGCACAAUCCUCAGGGAGGCACGCUGAGCGGCUGCCUAGCAGAGUUGGGCGCGGUGGUGCGCCAUAAGAAGAAGGCCAGCAACGUCGUCGUUCCGCUGGACAGCAUCUCAGCACAACAGGCGGCCUUUUUCUUCCACAAGCGGCAGGCCACCCAGGGUUUAGGGUUCUCAGGGUUUAGGGUUUAG